CAGCGCGAGCGCAGUAGGUGCGCGACCGGUAGAGUCGUCGGACGUGUUACGCAAAAGUGAUUUUAUCAAUUUAUCGAAUAUUGUGUCACGAUCUAUCGUGUGUGUGGAAUAUGCUUCUCUACAUCUGGAUAGCUGUAAUAAUAGCAGCAGUAUGGUUGUACUGCAGACAUGUGUUCUCGAAGUUCACCAAAAGCGGCGUCAAGCACUUCAAGCCGAUCCCCUUGUUCGGCAACAUGGCGAAACUGCUGUUCAGAUACGAACACUUCGCUGAUGCUGUCACAGAUCUGUACCAGGCUUUUCCUGAAGAACGAUUUGUAGGAAGGUACGAAUUCAUGAACCCCGCGGUGAUGAUCCGAGACAUCGAGCUUCUAAAAAAGGUCACGGUCAAAGACUUCGAAUAUUUUCUCGACCACCGCUCUCUUGUCAAUGAGAAGACAGAUCCUUUCUUUGGAAGAAAUCUUUUUUCACUGAAAGGUCAAGAAUGGAAGGACAUGCGCUCUACCCUCAGCCCAGCAUUCACCAGCUCAAAGAUGCGUCUCAUGGUGCCCUUCAUGGUAGAAGUAGGAGACCAGAUGAUAUACUCACUGCAGAAAAAAAUUGAGGAAACCAAAGAAGGUUAUAUCGACAUCGACUGCAAGGACUUGACGACUCGCUACGCCAAUGACGUCAUCGCUUCGUGUGCCUUUGGCUUGAAAGUGAAUUCCAUGAAAGAUGAGAACAACGAGUUCUACACCAUGGGAAAAGUGGCUGCCAACUUUAGCAUUAUUCAAAUCUUCUUACUAUUCAUUAUGAUCAGCGUGCCCAAAGUGUCUGAAAAACUGAAAUUAAAAUUGUUUUCGGAAAAAACUGGAAGUUUCUUCAAGAAUUUGGUAUUAGGUACCAUGCUGGACCGCCAGCAGCGUAACAUCAUCAGACCUGACAUGAUACACCUUUUGAUGGAAGCUAAAAAAGGAAAACUUGUGCACGAUGAAAAGGCGCAAGACGCUGAUGCAGGAUUUGCGACUGUUGAAGAAUCUUCCGUUGGAAAGAAAACGAUCAAUAAGACGUGGACUGAUGAAGACUUGAUCGCCCAAGCUAUCCUAUUCUUCGUGGCUGGUUUCGAAACUGUUUCUUCGGCCAUGUCGUUCGCUCUGCACGAAUUGGCUGUUAACUCUGACGUGCAGGACAAACUGGUUGAAGAGAUCAGGGAGAAUGACGCAAGGAACAAUGGCAAAUUCGACUAUAACUCCAUUCAAAAUAUGCCGUAUAUGGAUAUGGUGGUGUCAGAGGUGCUGCGUCUCUGGCCGCCAGCCAUAGCUACAGACAGAAUGUGCAUCAAGGAUUAUAAUCUCGGAAAACCCAAUAGCAAAGCUACCGAAGAUUAUUACAUUCGCAAAGGUGAAGCCUUCGCCAUUCCGAUAUGGGCUUUCCACCGGGACCCUGAGUUCUUCCCGAACCCCAACAAAUUUGAUCCUGAACGUUUCUCUGAAGAAAACAAGCACAAAAUCCAACCAUUCACGUACAUGCCUUUUGGACUUGGACCUAGAAAUUGCAUUGGUUCAAGAUUCGCGCUGUGCGAGGUGAAGGUGAUGCUGUACCAGCUGCUCCUCCACAUGGAGUUGUCUCCAGCAGCCAAGACCUGCAUCCCUGCCGAGUUGACCAGAGACACCUUCAACCUUCGCCUGAAGGGAGGACACUGGAUACGGAUGAAGACCAGAAAAUCAAACAGGAUGCUGUUCUUCAUCUGGCUAGGUGUGGUGCUGGCGGCAGUAUGGCUGUUCUUUCGGCGCCGCUACAGCCGCUUCUCCCGAUUCGGCGUGAACUGCCCCAAGCCGGUCCCACUACUGGGCAACAUGACGCGCAUCCUCUUCCGCGUGGAGCACUUCACCGACCACCUCGACAGGCUCUACCAUGACUAUCCGGAAGACAGGUUUGUAGGCAGAUACGAGUUCCUGAUCCCCAUGGUGGUGCUGAAGGACAUCGAGCUGGUGAAGAAGAUCACAAUCAAGGACUUCGAGCACUUCAUCGACCACAGGUCGUUCGUCAAUGAGAAAACCGACCCCCUCUUUGGAAGAAACCUGUUUUCUUUGAGAGGUCAAGAAUGGAAAGACAUGCGUUCAACCUUGAGCCCGGCGUUCACCAGCUCCAAGAUGCGUCUCAUGGUGCCCUUCAUGGUGGAAGUGGGAGACCAGAUGAUCGAGUCGCUGAAGAAGAAGAUCAAAGCUUCCAAAGACGACUUCAUCGACGUGGAAGUGAAGGACCUGACGACGCGCUACGCCAACGACGUGAUCGCGUCGUGCGCCUUCGGGCUGAAGGUGGACUCGCACGCGCAGCAGGAUAACGAGUUCUACGCGAUGGGCAAGGAGGCCUCCACCUUCAACUUCCUGCAGGUGCUCAAGUUCUUCGCGAUGACCAACUUCCCGGCUGUCGUUGAUAAACUCGGCAUCACCUUGUUCACGGAGCCCACCAAGAAGUUCUUCAAGGGACUCGUGCUGGGCACCAUGAGCGACCGCGACGCGCGCCACAUCGUCCGCCCCGACAUGAUCCAUCUGCUCAUGGAGGCCAAGAAAGGAAAACUUGUACACGACGACAAGAUUGCGAAAGACUCCGACGCAGGAUUUGCCACCGUCGAGGAGUCGAAUGUUGGGAAGAAGAACAUCGACCGAGUAUGGAGCGACGAAGACCUAGUGGCCCAAGCGGUGCUGUUCUUCAUUGCCGGCUUUGAAACGGUGUCCUCAGCCAUGUCCUUUGCCUUGCACGAGCUGGCCGUGAACCCCGACGUGCAAGAGCGGCUGCUGCAGGAGAUCCGGGACAACGACCGCAAGAACGGCGGCAAGUUCGACUACAACUCCAUACAGAACAUGGUGUAUCUGGACAUGGUGGUGUCGGAGGUGCUGCGCAUGUGGCCGCCCGGCAUCGCCAUGGACCGGCUGUGCGUCAAGGACUACAACCUCGGCCGCCCUAACAGCAAGGCCACGCAAGACUACUACAUCCGCGCCGGCGAGGCGCUGGCGGUGCCGGCGUGGUGCUUUCACCGCGACCCGGCGCUAUUCCCCGACCCGCUGCGCUUCGACCCCGAGCGCUUCUCUGAAGAAAACAAGCACAACAUCAAGCCUUUCACCUACGUGCCGUUUGGGCUCGGACCGAGGAACUGUAUCGGCUCCAGGUUCGCCCUGUGCGAGGUGAAGGUGAUGCUGUACCAGCUGCUCCUCCACGUGGAGCUGUCUCCCGCAGCCAGGACCUGCAUCCCGGCCCGGCUCACCACCGACACAUUCAACAUCCGCAUGCUAGGAGGACACUGGGUGCGGAUGCGGAUGCGGAACUGAUACCUCAUAACAUAUAUAGCCUGACCAGGAACAUAAAAACCCUGGCAUAGAGGCGCUUCAAUUGCAUUUGAUAGUGCAACACUGAGUACAGUCGUACCUGUGUUAAAUUAAUAGACUAACUUUAUGUAUCAGGAUUACGGGCUAAUUUGAUAUUUUCAUAAAUUAACGAAAAAAUAUUAUUAUAGGUAACCUGGUUUAAAUAAAUUAAAUGAAACCAUCAAUCGAGCUAGUAGGAUUUAUUUUAUUAUUCAUCAAUAAUCAAAUUCAGAACUUGAAUAUUCAACUGCAAUGUUUGCUCAUGAACGCUUCAAACUCGGUACUUCUUUCCCAAUUCCAUAAAAUUCAACACUUAGAAAGUGACAAUUUUUUUAAAAAUAGGUAGUUGAAACAAACCACAGCUAAUAUUCAUAGUGGACUGUACUAUGCGAUAAACAUGUCAGUCAAUUUGACAACCUUUGUCGGAAACAUUAUUCAAUGAAAAUAUUGUCCGAACCCUUAGUAUUUCUCUUCGACAAAUAAUUUAACACAUUGUGAACCACUUUUCUUUCACAACUAUAAAAAAGAUUUUAGCAAUUUAAUUCACAAAAUCAGUUGCGCACAUUUUUAAUAAAGUUUGUUUACACUUUGACAGCAAUAGACUGACAUGCAAGGUGACAUGUCAAUGAAGUUUUCAGUUACUGUUGCCAUUAAAAGAAAUUAGUACCAUUAGUUUUCCGCAACAUGGCGAGGGUUUUUAUGUUCCUGGUCGGGCUAUAACUAAUAUUAGUACGUAAUGCGGGCAGGCCUCCCACUAGGUGAACCGACGGUCUGGUGAAGGUCGCGGGAGGUGUGUAAAUACUUAGGGGAGGCUUUUGUCCAGCAGUGGAUGUCAUUUAGCUGAAACGAUAACUAAUAUUAAAAAUAUAAAGUAACUCUGUGUGUCUGUUACCUUUUUAUUUUUAGGCUGACUGGCACCAGUUGCACCUUCUUACUUUAACUGUAUCUGUGUAUUUUUCGUAUGGAAUUUGACAUAAUAUUUUUGACAUUAUGUUACAAUUAAAAUAAGAUGGUGCAACCAAGCCUUGAACUACAACCAAAUCUAUAUUUAUAAAAGAAAGUCGUGUUAGUUACACCACUUAUAACUCAAGAACGGCUGAACCGAUUUAGCUGAAAAUUGUCAGGGAGGUAGUUUAGAGCCAGGAGAAGGACAUAGGAUACUUUUUAUCCCGUUCGAAAUAAAAAAAGAAGUCUGCUUAUUUAUUGCCAUUAAGGCGGAACAAAGUUCGCCGGGUCAGCUAGUGAUAUAAUAAAAUGAACUUUUUGUAAAUGGAUUACGAAAACGAUGCAAAUACAAUACGGCUGUGAUAGAUAUUCUUUUUGUGCACCACAAAAUAGAAAUAAAAAAUAAAUAUCGAAACAACACAAUUUAUUAGGUCUUAACACUAGAAUUAGAUCUCUUCCAGUCAACCCAGACUUGAUAAAACUUUAAACUUAAUCUUCAGGAGUAAGCAUAUAAUUUCUCAGAGCCAUAAGUAUACAAAAAGGAUAUCUAUAUAAAUAAAAAUGAAUUGCUAUUCGUUAGUUGAUUAAAACUCGAGAACGGCUGGGCCGAUUGAGCUGAUUUUGGUUUUAAAAUGUUUGUCGUAGUCCAGGGUAGGUCUAAACGGUGAGCAAAUAAGGAAAAAUUGCGAUAGCUUAUUUAUUGCCUUUAAGGCGGAACAGAGUUCGCCGCGUCAGCUAGUAAAAGAUAAAAUAAAGAUAGAGAUUUAUAGAUCGCCUUUCCAUCUCUAUUACUGGGUAUUAAAAUUUAUUGUGGGAAAAAAAAGAUGAAAAAAUAUUUUACAACAGUUGCCAAUAGUAUAUUUUAAUGUUUAAGUUUGUAUAACUAUUUAUAGUUUUAGGUUUAGUAUUAGGCAAGGAUUUUACAAUGAUAUUAUAAAUCAUAUCAUCAGAAAUUUUAUUGCAAUUAAACACUAAAGAAAUAAUAUUUGCUGUUAGGUAAGUAUUUUAAUAAAAAACAUUCGUAAGUGGGUAGUUCUACAAAUCAGGGAAUUUUACGGGGCUCAACUUGCAGCUCCUUAAAUUACCAAUUAAUAGUUCUCGUUUUAGGGUAUUAAUAAAGUUUAACUCACAUAGUACUUGGUCACUGAAUUUCAACACGUUUUAAUAAAAACAUCCCAGACAAAAAUGGCUUCAAAUGGGAAAAAUUCUCAUUUCCCUGUGGGGUGACAUUCCAGAAUUCAUGAUGUAAAUCACAAUAAAAAAUAUAUAAAAAAUAAUUAGUCAAAAAUAACAUUGUAUUGAAAGUAACCAUUAGUGUAUCUUUCAUUUAACCUAUAUGGAUUAUGUUUGAAUUCCCUAUUUACAUAAUGUUUUGAUUGCUGAACAAAGGCGACACGAAUUAAGUAUCACUUCCCUGCCACCUAUAAACACGUUAAAAUCUGUAACAAAACAAAGGGUAAGCCACGUUGUCGUUCUUAUGUAUUUAAGUAUGCAGUUAAGUUCGCCUAGUGAAACGUUUAUUUCGCCCAAAUCGUCAGUCAGUUAGACGCAGCUACGCUGUUAUCAUCGUCUGUCGUGUCUGGGCCAGACAACUUCUCACUCAUCUGUUACGUAUUUAUAACAGUAUUUUAUAUUAUUUUAGGGCAAUUAUGAAACAAUAUUGUCAAACUCGCUUGCGUCCAUUGACUGAUAAUAUUAAAUUUGAUAUGAAGUUUAUAUAAUUCAUGAUUUUGGCAAAAUACAUCAAAAAUCUCACUUCCCUGUGUAUCAUUUCCCUGGGUUUACGAAGAAAAUGGAAAAGUUAAUAUCGACCAACCAGCAAAAUUUACUGCCAUAUAAAGGCAUUUUACAAAUACACUAAGUGCAGGCAAAUGCAUACACUCCAUUGAAACUGGAUACUCCAUUUUGACUUGCUUGACUCUAUACAAACUUUUAGCUGUUUUUGCAGUAACGAGUGCGAGCACUUCCAAAUAGGCAUCGUAAAAUAUUCUUCCAUAAAAGCAAAUGUUGAUGACGCUUAAACCGAAUCUGAAACUGAGACCAGUAAUGCCUGCAACACCAGUAUUUUGAUUCAUCAGACUUGGUUGACCUUACGAGUGUACUGGUAUUGAAUGAACAUUGAUGAUCCUGAUGGAUUGCUGGAGAUGCCGAAAAUAGAUACUAACGAAUUGUUUCCAGUCGAAGAAAAGCGUCGAGGAAAGAAGAGGAAGAUAAUAGAAGGAGAUACGAAUAGUAGGGAAAAGUCAAAGAGAUCAGGUGACGGAAAAAGAAGCAACCUAAAUGAGUUCCAUGUUCAAUUGAUAGUGGACCUUUAUGAUGCACAUAAAAAUAUUUUUUAUUAUUUUUAGAAUAAAGACUAUAAACUCAAAUGCAUCUUUCAGUUAAAUUUUCACUAUCCUGUAUAUGUUCUCACUUCCCUGUCCAUCGAAAAUAGAAAAACCGCUGUAAAAUCAAUAUUUAUCAUAAUUUUGUCUGGCCCGUUAAAAAUUGGAUAUGUUGUAGUAUAUUCUCGGUCUUUAGUCACUGUUUAUACUGAUUACUAACAAAAACUGGAGAUUCAUUUUAUGGUCCCAAAUAAUUCCACCGUGAGUAGAACUACCCAAGUACCUAAGUUAAAACUAAAUCAUUUUGGAUUUCAAUAAAAUUUACAUAAAUUGAUGAGAAGAAUAGGUCCCUACAUCUAAAUUUUCUAUGAUUUUAUUGUAUUAUUGUACCAAGCUUGUGAUUUUUAUUGUUUCGAGUUCUCUAUAAGAAAUAAGUUAUGAUAAGAAUAGUUAGUUACUGUAAUUUUACUAAUGAAAUGUUAUCUUUAGUGAGGUUUUUACUAAUUAAUUUAUAAUCAAUAAAACUUAUAAUAAAAUGGAUGAUUAAAGAGUG